AUGUUGAACCAGAAGCCCCGAGCUCGCCUGGAACGCCAGACCGUUGGCUCCACCAACCGGUGGCGUUUCCCCAGAGAGCCCUUCUCCAGGGACCUGCUGGCCCUCUCCCAGAUGUGCAAGGCGAUGAGCUUAGACUUGGAUGACGCCACGCUGAAGGACCCAGACAGGUUACGCAUCCGGAAAAUUCAGAGGAGCUUCUCUGAGAGUUUGAGGAGCAUCCAGAGCCAAGACGCAGUAGUGACCCUCCAGUGCCUGGGCUUCGCGUGGGAGCUGCACCUGCCGCAGCUGUUUCAGUCCGAGACCUUGACCAGGCUGUACGUCACGGCGCUGGACGGGCGCACCGCGGACCCCGGGAAGGGCCUGGACAGGCUCCUGCCAGUGCCUUCCCCUCAGAAGAGCAGAGAAAGAGCCCCCAUGAAGACGAUGACCAUUUCCUUGAAGAUCAAUGACCCCCUGGUCACGAAAGUGGCCUUCGCCACGGCCCUGAAGAACCUCUACACGAGCCAGGUGGACUUGACCUUGGAUGACACGCUGGGGGUGCUGGCCUCCGCCCACGCUCUCCAGUUCAGCAGCCUGUUGCAAAGGUGCUCGGCCAUGAUGAUCACUGGGCUCACCUCAGGCAACGUGAACGACUUCUACCUGGCCGGCUGCAAGUACAAGACCGGGCCUCUGGCCGCGGCUGCCCAGAAGUGGCUGGAGAUGAACCUGGUCCCCGAGGUAGGGAGGCAGAUCCACCUCCAGAAAGUCCCAAAGGAGCUGCUCCUCAAAGUGCUGAGGUCCCCCAGGCUGUUUACUUUCAAUGAGUUUCAUCUUCUGAAAACACUGCUUUUGUGGGUCUACUUGCAACUGAACCACAGAAUUCGGACCAUGCCGACCUAUGAGACCAUGCUGACAUUUUUUAACAGCUUCCCCAAGAGGUGCUCCGUUCUAGAGCAGGACGAAGGACGCGGCUGGACGGCGCUCUUCCUCUGCCUGCGUCUGCACGGCGUCACCAAAGGCGAGGACCUGGACGUGUUGCGGCACAUUAACUUCUUCCCCGAGGCCUGGCUGUUCCAGGUGGAGGCCAGCCAUUACCACGCAGUGGAAAACGGGGGCGACAUGGUCCACGUGAGAGACUUCGCCAGCGAGGCUGUGAGAUUCGGGGUGCUCUUCGAUCAGGGAUAUACGACUUAUUCCGAGAUGAUCGCUGUGUAUGGAUUCUUCUUCGAGAUCAAGGGGAUCAGAAACAGUGCUACCUCCUACACUUUCUACAUGCAGAGAAUGAGGCCCACGGACGCGGGAUUCCCCUCCUCGCUGUGCCAGCGUGGCCUGGUGAGCCUGAGGGCGCAGCGCCUGGUCAGGUACGAGAUCCGAGCCGAGGCCCUGGUGGACAGCCAGUGGCAGGAGUUCCGGACCGGCCCCAUCACGCAGCAGUUCCGCUUCGGCCGGCCGGCCUGCAAAAGCCAAGUCUUGGAAGUCCAAACCGUGGGCAAACCCAUCUACGCGAGUUUCUCAUUCAUCUUCCCGGCAUCCUGA